GCGAUCCAAUCUCGAUUCAAGUUUGCGAUCAUCGUUCAGUCAAUCACCGACAGUAAUCCAGUGAGGUUCAUUAGUUAAGUCGCUCAACACGAUGAAGCUCAGCUACGCAGGCAUACUGGUGGGCAUCACUCUGAGUGCCGUCGUUUCAUUCGAAUCGGCGGAUGCAGCGCUAUGCAUGUGUCAUCCAGCUAGUUGCGUUGUAAUCAACGCAAACAGCACCGUACUAAACCACCCAGAGAUGUUCUGCCCCGCUAACAUCAUGAACAUCAAUGAUCUGUUGAUUUUGCGCUACAACGAUACGAUUCUAACCGUGGACUCCUUCGCACCUUUUACCAAUCUGACCUCGAUAGAAAUUUUUCAAGGAUCGCUCAGUCGCAUCGAACCGGGAGCAUUCGAAAAGACGCCCGGUCUGUUCAAGAUCAUCAUCCGAAGCAACGUUCUGAGCGCGCUCGAGGAUUACACCUUCCGCGGGCUGGAUGCGCUGCACAUCCUCUAUCUAAUCUCGAACAACUUGACCAGCAUCGCACCGAAUGCAUUCUACGGGUUAAAGAAUCUCACCCAGCUGGUGCUUUCGGGAAAUCAAAUCACCCAACUGCCACCGACGCUGUUUAGCUCUACCCCGAUGUUGCGAUCAGUCAGCUUAAGCAACAACAUGCUCACCGAAUUGCCCGCUAGCAUCUUCGACAGCAUAGACUAUCUGUUCAAGCUGGACCUAUCGUACAACCAGCUGAAAACGUUUGAUUUUCCUGACCUCAAGGUAACACUGCUGUUUCUGCACAACAACUCUCUGACCAGCCUAGAUGUGGGUGAUCAUGUGAAGGUGGUACAAGCGAACCACAACCGCAUCGAGAAACUAUCGGGUAGCGGUUUUAACAUUACCGAUCUGCUGCUGAGUGAUAACGCCAUUACGGACGUGACACCGAUUAUGCUGAUGAAAAACAUUUCGAAGCUUAGCCUAAGCAAUAAUCCUCUUCGGCCGGACAGUGUGUUUGGGUCGUUGGAACACUUGGAAGAGCUGUUUCUGAGCCAUACCAGCAUUAUGAUCAACGAGCAAACGUUUGCCAACUUAAGCUGGAUGUCUCUGCUCGACCUGUCCUACAACAAUAUGACAGAGCUUGAUUUCCGUAUGUUUUCCUCCAUGAACAAGCUCAAGUCCCUGAUCGUUGCCUACAAUCGCAUAGAGACGAUCAACUUUAUCGAGCUGCGAGAAUAUCUGCCCGAACUGCGAGUGCUCGAGAUCUGUGGCAAUGGUUGGAACGCCACCUACAUGGAGCGUAUGCUGAGCAAGAUGCGCAAACACAAGCUGCGGGCAGACAUGCAAGGACUUUCGAACUCACUCAUCUUCUCCUCCGUUUUUGUGGAGCUGUGCUCGGCGGGCGUAGAAACAACCACCAAGGCCGCGAACGACUAUAGCGACUACUACGCGGAAGAUUUUGGCGAUGGCAUCGAACAGGAAAUUGCCGAAUAUGCUUCAUCAUCCCACCGGCCGUGGCCGACAGUGUCCGAGCCGAUGAAGGCUGGUCACAUUGCGACGACGAUGGCGCCAAUGUUUGCGAAGGAACCAACGGCUUCCGUUCGCUUGAAUACAAUGGUCACCGCGGACGUGGUCGUUCCUCCGGCAGAGCAGCAGCCGGUGGUAGGAUCAUCACCACUCUACGUCACAUUCCAGGUUCUAGUGUACACGUUCUCCGUGUUCGGUAUCGUUUGUCUCGGGGUGCUCGCUUACCAUAUGCGCAAGCGUCGAUUCGAUGUGCGUCGGGCCACGUCGGUCGACAAAGGAGAUUCCGUGCGCCUUGUCUAAAACGGUGUAGAGUGCUGUGCAUAGUGAACUGACACGUACAGAAUGUGAGCGCAAGUGGAGCAGUAAAUUUGUUUUGUGGCCUUCGGCUUCUGAUUUGUUAUGAUGUUUGCUUGCACCUCGGAGCGAUAAACUUCCGUACAAAUUUGGAACCGGUAGCUGUACAGCCAUAUCAACUGCAGUAGAUGUGUGAAUAGCCGUACAUUUAAAAUUUGUGAUGAAAGUAAGAAGCGGAUGUGACGAAAUUAAAAGUGGAAUUAAUAAGGAUUGUCGGGAGGUAGUUUCACAGCAAAGAGUCAAUAAUUGAUAACCUGCGGAAGGCAACAUAAAUAGUAUACUCCAAAAGUGUCAGUAGAUGUAGACAACUAACGGUUGUCUGCCUACAUUGUUAAAAAAAACCACAAUUUUGAAUGACAAAAUGUUAAUAAAACGUAUAAUAAACGGUAAAAAUCU